AUCUUAGAGUUGUGGUUAGCAUGGAUCAAAGAUGAGAUGUCGUUAACAUCCGAAGAAAGUGGACGGGAUCAUAUCAAUGCAUUAUUUGAAAGAGCUGUUAAAGAUUACAUGUGUGUGGGCAUAUGGCUAGAAUAUGUCCAGUAUUCGAUUGGUGGCAUGGCAAUGAAAGAUGGCAUAAGUAAUAUUCGGAAGGUCUUUGAGCGAUCCAUCACAGCGGUGGGACUUCAUGUUACAAAGGGUGCUACACUUUGGGAGGCGUACAGAGAGUUUGAAAGUAUACUUCUGGCCACCAUACAGCCAGGUGCAGGUCAAAUCACAACUGCCGAAAAACAGUCAGAAAUUGAUGCUCAAACUGAAAAAAUAGAUGCGUUGUUUAGAAGACAGUUAUCAAUUCCAUUGAUGGACAUGGAGAGCACAUAUGAAGAGUAUGAAGAGUGGAGCACAACGCCGAUUCCUGAUCACCUUAAACAUUCCUAUCAAAAAGCUUUAUUAAAACUUAAAAACAGAACACAGUAUGAGGAUGCAUUGCUGACUGCAGAACCCCCUAGGCUAGCCGAAUACAAGUCGUACAUAGAAUAUGAGAAGUCGGAAGGUGAACCGACCAGAAUACAGUGUAUAUACGAGAGAAGUUUGGAGGAAAACUGUCUAGUUCCUGAACUCUGGUUAGACUACACUAAAUAUGUAGAUAACCAGUUAAAAAUUGGCAGCGUCUCUCUUAAUAUACAUACAAGAGCUGUCAGGAACUGUCCAUGGACCAUGUUGCUAUGGCAACAUUAUCUUCAGUCACUGGAAAGAUACAAACAGCCACAUGAUAAAGUUAAAGAAACUUUUGAAAAAGCCAUCAAUUCCGGGUUCUCGCAAGGUUCAGAUUUUUUUGUACUAUGGCAGACUUACAUAGACUACAUGAGGAGGAGAAUUGACUGGCAUUCAGAGAAUGAAGUUGAAGUUGAGGAAUUCAGACUGACCAUUAGACGAGCGAUAGAAUACCUCACAGAGUAUUUUGGGUUAGAAGCCGACCCCACCUGUAGUCUACACAAGUACUGGGCAACAAUUGAGGCUAAACAUCUCAAAAACAAACAAGCUGCUAGAGAACUAUGGGAUGAGGUUGUGUCAGUUCACGGCAAAGAAGCACAGACAUGGUUGGAGUAUAUUAAUUUUGAAAGAAUGUAUGGUGACAACAAGCACUGUCGUAAAGUUCUUGUGCGUGCUGUUCAGUCAACCAGUGAUUGGCCCGAGUCAGUGUGCGAAGCGUACAUCAACUUUGAAAGAGAAGAAGGCACGUUGGAGCAGUAUGAGGCAGCGGUUGUCAGGGUAGAAUCGCAGAUGAACAGAGUGAAUGAAAGAAGAAAUAAGGCUGCUGAAAAAGAAGCUGAAUUGACCAAACAGCAGGAAGAAGUGUCUGAGUUUAAGAGACAAGCCAAAGCGGCAAAGAAAGCUGAAAAACAACCCAUCAAAAGAAAAGCAGAUGAAAGGACUGAGAGUGUCAUAAAAAGAAAAGAAUCCAACAACCCACCACAAGAGAAUGUGUUUAAAGUGCCUUUCUUGCCACCUGGAAUGCCGGGUAGGAAAACUGAUGACUCUCCACCACCAAAGAAACAAAAAACAGACGAAUCUACUAUGGUAAAAGGUGCAGUUUCACAUGACCCAUCGAAAGACUGUAGGACGGUGUUCGUUAAAAAUUUAUCAUAUAAUUUGAAAGAAAACAAGAUUAGGUCAAUUUUCGCUGAGUGUGGUGAAAUCACUGAGGUCAGAAUGGUCACCAACUACAAGCAGAAGUUCAAAGGAUUCUGUUACGUGGAGUUCAAAGACGAGUUUGCAGCAGACAAGGCUCUCAAACUUGAUCGACAACCGAUAGAUGGCAGACCGAUGUUUGUGGAUCCGUCACUGGAUAAAACAAAAAAAGCAAGUCAACCAGAACAAUUUCAGUGGAGUACCAAUAUGGAGAAAAAUAAAUUAUUUAUAUCAGGACUCCCUAGGUCUGUUAAUAGAAAGAUGCUGGAAGAACUUUUUGGGAAGCACGGUGAUAUCAAAGAUAUUCGAAUAGUAACGUACAAAUCAGGAGCACCAAAAGGAUUAGCAUAUGUAGAAUAUGUCAACGAGGGAGAGGCUGCGAAAGCAGUGCUUGCCACAGAUGGCACUCAAAUGGGCGAGCAUAGAAUCAAUGUUGCUAUUAGCAACCCACCACCUAGGAAACCAAAACAAGGAAGUCUUGUUGAAGAUAUUGAGGAGUUACAAAGAGGACAACGAGGUUCUGGUUUUGGACCUCGUGGUAAAGGACGAACACAGCUUGCAUUUAUGCCAAGGGCGAUCAAAAAACAACAAUCGACAGCAGCCGAUGUUGGCAGCGGGGACAAGAUGGAUACUGGCGGCAGUAGUAAAGAGCCAAAGAUGAGCAAUGCCGACUUUGCUAAAUUAUUUAGUCUGUAACAUAUUCUUCAGGAUUCUGCACACCUAGUAAAAUCAUUCAUUUAAUGUAAACCAUUUUUGACAGAUUUACAGGCAAAACAGGUACCGAAGUGCGUUAUAUUUUGAAGUUCCACAAUUGAAUAAUAUUCAAUUGGCAUGGUGGGGGCAGGCAAUGACAUUUUUUUUCAACAGCCAAUGAAGGCCAAACAGAAUUCGCUUUUCAUACUGAUUGUCAGCUUUUAUUCAGUUAUUUCUUCUAAAUUUAAAUCCAGAUUGAUAACAAAAUGUAUAUUUUGGACUGCUGUGUGACCAACCAGUGAUUUUAUUUUUUAAAUUGCCUUGCAAUUAAAUUGCAUGUGAUAUACAUUGUGUAGCCUGCUCUGCUGUGCUUGACUCAAGAACCAAAGUUUUACGUGGUUGGGUGUUUUAAUUCAAUCAUAUACAGACUGUUAAAAACUGUUCGUAAAUGUGAAAUCUUGUAAAACCAGAGGUACAUUACUUGGGGUUUGUAACUACGGUGACAUGAUAACAAGAUCCCGUCACAAUCUCGCUCUCGCAUAAACGUUCCAACUCAGAAAAAAUGCGAAUGCGCAUGCCUGAGGUAACUAGGAUACUGGGAUGUCCAGGUGGAUCAAAAUAGCUGCCCACGAUAUGACGGAUUACGAGAACUAUAUUUUCUGUACAUUUUCGAUGUAUUACAUUUUUCACUAUGAUAGUGACAAGAAAAGUUUAUUUUUUUCAUUACAAACCUUGAACAUUGAUAUGCGUCAUGUCAGAAGGUCGUAGCCUCAGUCUCGCUAUCUACGAGAUGAGACUUGAAUGGGAUCUUGACAUGAUGUCACCAUACAGUACUAUGCGAGUUGCAAACCCCAAGUAAUGUACCUCUGGUAAAACUUAAUGCUUGCCUGUACUGAUGUUUGACUAUACAUUUAUAUUACAAAUGUUCAAUACAAAACAGAAUCUUGUGUGUGAAAUGAUUUACAUAUUAAACCUCUUUUCACCACCAGACGCCUUGCCCAAAUUUGUCUGCACUUUUUUCUUACCGAUAUAUUCUGGAAAUAAACCUUAAUUUUGAAGCCUACUUUCAGUUUUUACUACAAAAAUUUUGCUAUUUUUGUUCCAAUCUGUGACGAAAAGUGCAGACCAUAAACAGGACUAGUUGGUGAAAAGGU